AUGGCUCGCACUACUUCCUGGCUGUCGCUGCUAUUGCCUCUGUCGACACCUCUGUUGAGGCCGGCACUGGUAGAGGCAUCAGAGCUCGUAUGGGAUAGGGACCAGGUGCCAAUCAAGGGCAAAUUUGAUGAGACUGCUUGUCCAGACUAUGCAUCCUAUGCUACUUAUCCCCACCGACCCUACAGUGAAGGUCCUCUUUCCCUUCCCUUCCAGCGCCCCCAUGUCAGGUGCCGUACCUUUCAGUCUGACGCCAUCGAGAAGGUCAUCAAAGAUGUCACAUCCCGCAUGAAGAACCCUGACCUUGCACGUCUUUUCGAAAACACCUUCCCCUCUACUACGGAUACCACAGUCAAAUUCCACACGAAUGGCAAGGACGGCAAGGAAAAGAAGAAGCCGGCGACUGAAAGCCCCGUCGACAAUGAUCCGUGGAUGAGUACGUACGAGGACCCAAACAAAUGGGCGGGUCCACAGUCAUUCAUCAUCACGGGCGAUAUUCUGGCUGAGUGGCUGCGUGACAGCACCAAUCAGCUAAAGCCAUACCAAAAGCUGGCCCUCAAGGACAAGGUCAUCUUCGACCUGAUUCUUGGCGCCAUCAACACCCAAAGCGAGUACGUGAUCGAGUCGCCCUACUGCAAUGCCUUCCAGCCGCCGCCCCAUUCCGGGCUUCCCGUCACCCUGAACGGCCAAGACGACACCGUCCACCCGGCCUUCAAUCCUUCCUUUGUCUUCGAGUGCAAGUACGAGCUAGAUUCGCUCGCUCACUUCCUUGCUUUAACCAACGCCUUCUACACCCACACCAAGAGCACCGACUUCCUCAACACGCGGUGGUACAAGGCGCUGGACUCGUUGUUCGACGUGCUCGAGGCGCAGAGCAAGAGCACUUUCGACCCGGAGACCGGCUCGUACAGUCGUAACCAGUACACCUUCCAGCGGCGCACCGACAGGGGCACCGAGACGCUGAACCUUGGCGGAAUCGGUAACCCGCUGAACAACGGAACGGGUCUGAUCCGCUCGGCGUUCCGGCCCAGCGACGACGCCACCAUCUUCGGCUUCUUCAUCCCCGCCAAUGCGCAGAUGGCCACAGAGCUCAAGCGGCUUGCGGCCAUGUUGAGAGCCACAGGGAACAAGAAGGACGUCACGCGGGCGGAAACGGCGGAGACAUGGAGCAAGACGAUCACGGCAGGCAUCUGGGAACACGGCGUCGUCCACCACCGCAAGUACGGCGAGGUGUUUGCGUACGAGGUGGACGGCUACGGCAGCGCACUGAUGAUGGACGAUGCCAACUACCCGAGCUUGCUGGCGCUGCCGCUGAUGGGCUUCGUCUCAGUGGACGAUGCGACAGAGUUCGAGGGUAUCGGAGGCCCGCAUAUUGGCCUGCAGAAUGCGUGGCCGAUGAGUCUGCUGGUGCAGGCACAGACAUCGGAUGAUGAUGAGGAGAUCAUGAAGUGCUUGACGCUGGUUUUGAACGCGAGCAAGCUGGGGCUUAUUCAUGAGAGCAUUGAUGUGAAUUGGUCGCAUUCUUAUACACGAAGCUGGUUUGCUUGGGCAAAUGGAGUGUUUGCGGAUACCAUCUUGGAUAUUGCGAAGCGCAAGCCGCAUCUCAUCUUUAAGGAUGCGACACCUUACGAGCCUUGA